GCGGAGUAACAAGAGUAACGCCAACCAUUGCUACGCAUGUGGCUUUAUCCUGCAGACAACAAGAGUUUAAAACUAGCAGUCUGCCUCACUGCUAGCUUUUCCGAGGAGCGAUAGCGACCUGUUGUGAAGGUUUGAAGCUGGGUUGUAAAUGCGUAUAGUCGUCGCAAUGAUGUGGAGGCUAUGGUGAUCUUCCCAAGUCAUACCCAGGUUUCUGUUGCACCUUUUGGGAAGGCAGAUAUCUACCACCGGAAUCUGACUACCUCACCUCUCACCCUGCCUGGCCAUGACAAGAAGUUACCUGGUAUAGGCCGGGUGAGGCUGGGAUAUGGGAUUGGUUCGAUUUAGCAUUUCCAGUUUUGUUGUUGGAGCAGCCAUCUGUUUUUUAGGUUCAGCACUGGGUGUUGAUACAUUGGUUCGUUCAAGAGUGGGAGGUUCAGCUGUUUUAGGUUGUGAUCUAACUCCUGCUGUAGCUGUGAACACCACACCUCAGCUUUUCCCCCUUCAUGUCAUUGAGUGGGUACGGCUAGGUUUUCCAGUGCCCAUUUUAAUCAAGUUUGGAGUGUACACACCUCGUGUUCAUCCAAGUUACCGAGGGAGGGUGUUCCUUGAAGGUAGUGCAUCUCUUCGUAUAGAGGCGCUACGCUUAGAAGAUGAAGGCUGGUUCGAGUGCCGAAUUCUUUUUCUGGACAGAGAAAUGGAUGAAUUCCAGAAUGGCACCUGGACCUUCCUGUCCAUCAUAGCUCCUCCUGUGUUCGUCAAGACUCCACCCACAAAAGUAGAAGUUCUGGAAGGUGCCUUUCUAUCCUUGACUUGUGCUGCAGAAGGCAAUCCUCGACCUGUCAUAUCAUGGAGCAAGGAAAACCGCGCAUUAGAGAAGAGCGACAGACAAGAGGUUUACAAUGGAACUGUAUCCUUGUAUUCUGUAAAAAGAAGCACUGCUGGAGCAUAUAAGUGCCAAGCAUCCAAUGAAGCUGGAAACAUAACACACUCUACUGAGCUACUGGUACAAGGUGCUCCAGUAAUAGUUCUGCAGCCUGAAGAUCUCACUCUGAACAUAUCCCAGGAUGCUAUGCUCCAGUGCCAUGCUGAAGCCUAUCCUUCCAACUUAACAUAUCUGUGGUGGAAGCACAAUGAGAACGUCUUUCACAUGGACUCACUGAAGACCAGAGUUAAGAUUUUAGUUGAUGGAACUCUACUUAUACAGAGGGUCGCCCCAGAUGAUACUGGAAACUACACCUGCAUGCCAACCAAUGGCAUCCUUACUCCACCUACUGCUUCUGCUUUCAUCACUGUUCUCCACCCAGCUCAAGUCAUCAACAUGCCUGAAGAAACCUAUUUGCCAAUGGGGAUGAAAGGGGAGAUCACAUGUCCAGUCAGGGCAAACCCACCCAUGAUGUUUGUGAAUUGGACAAAAAAUGGAGAACCACUAGAUACGGAGUCGCUUCCAGGUUGGUCUGUGAGUGAAGAUGGAACAAUUUUCAUUGCAACUUCCAAUGAGGAUACCCUUGGUCUCUACCGCUGCACCCCUUACAAUAGCUAUGGUACAAUGGGUGAAUCAGGGCCAACCAGAGUUAUCCUGCAGGAUCCACCUACUUUUCGUAUCACUCCUCGAGCUGAAUAUCUACAGGAAGUAGGAAGAGAUCUUAUCCUGUCCUGUGCAGCCAACGGGGACCCUCCUGCCAACAUAACAUGGACAAAGGUUGGCAUUACUCCAAAGUCUCCAUUUCAUGUAGCUCUCAAUGGGUCUCUUAUUCUCAGCCCCCUUGCCAAAGAUCACCAAGGACUUUGGGAGUGUCUGGCCAGGAACAGGGUGGCAUCUGUCUCUGUCCAAAGUGCUGUGUAUGUGCUUGGUACCAGCCCUCAUGUUGUUUCUGCAGUGUCAGUGGCUCCUGGAGUGGGUAGUGCCAAUAUCUCUUGGGAGCCCGGAUUUGAUGGGGGGUACACUCAGAGGUUCAGUGUAUGGAUGAAGAGGGCAUCCCGUGGUAAACAUGAAUGGACUUCACUCCCAGUGCCACCUCCUCAAAACUAUUUGCUGCUUUCCAAUUUACUACCAGACAUGGCUUACCAGUUCUGUGUUCUGUCUCAGAAUAAACUAGGCAGUGGUCCUUUUAGUGAAAUUGUGACAGUGCUCACACUGCCCCUACCCCAAACUGACCCACCUCAACAGGAAAGUGACAUGUCUUCACUUGGUCCACCAACAUCUUUGUCCAUCAAUCAGAGCUCCAUUGGGCUUGUGUUAAGGUGGAUGCUACCUUUUUUCCAUCUGUCGUCUGUCAAGGGUUUUAUUCUUGAGUCCAAGAGAGAAAGAGGGGAAUGGUCUGUACUUGAAGAUUUCAUUGCAGCCAAUCAAACAGAAAUAUUGGUUCAAGGGCUACUUAAGAAUUAUAACUAUGAGCUGCGUAUGCUAACCAUGGGUGAUGAUGCAAUUAGUGAACCAAGUGAAUCCAUCAACAUCUCAACUGUAGGACUGGACAUGUACCCCUCCCGGACAACUUUGUCUGAACUCCUUCCUGAGCCACUGCUAGCUGGUGUCAUUGGUGGAACGUGCUUCUUGCUUGUCGCAGUUGUUUUGUCCAUAGUGACAGCCUGUGCCAUGAAUCGGCGCAGAGAGAGACGCCGGAGAAAACGGAGAGAUGAUCUCCCACUCGCAUUUCAGAAGAGCCUGUCUCCACAAGCUGGCUCGUUUGCUGACAGCCCAGACAGCAUCAUGAAGUUCAAACUUCGCCCCUUUCUCUUUGGCAGUGCCUCAGAUUAUGCUUCUCUUGAGAAGAGCGGCAAAACCAGCCAGGAACCGCAGAAACGACAGCUACUCUGCAAUCCACUACCCAAAUACACUCUUUUUGAGAGUCACUUGGGUGGCAUGUCUUCUCCAACCUCUCCCAUCGAACCCAUUUCUAGAGGUCCUGAUGGUAGGUUUAUUGUGCAGCCAGAAUGCAUAUCUCCUCCGGAGGUGAAGAAAAAUCUGAUAAAGGAUUUUCCACAGCUCAAUGGGACUUCAGCCACUGAGGCUGAUUUUGACAAUGAACAAUUUGAAGUAAUAUCUAAAAAGUCUUCAAAAGACUGCUCCUAUGACUGCAGCAGUGUGGAGCAAAUCAAACCUGGUCAUGUAGAGAAGAGUAUCAACUGCUUGACAACGAAUGAAAAGGACUUUUUUUCCUUUCCUGUAAGCAAACUCGAAAACAGUUUUGAUAGUAGAGAAAGCUAUAGUUCUUGGGCUAAAGAACAAGUCAGAUAUUCUCAGCACAACGGUGGUUUGUACACCAGAGAGGAGCAGAAUACAGAGAGAGAUUGGAGGAAGUAUGCAGUAACAUAUGAGGCUGAGAAACAGGGUAAAGACAUAAAAAGAAGUUGCUUAAAUGACACAGAAAUUAAUACAAAAAAACACCGUUCAACCAAAAGUGACAGCCUUCGCUAUGCAUAUGAAGAUCAGUAUACAACUGAGGGGGAUCUAUCACAAAGUACACAGGGUAGGAUUGUGGAUUUUGAAAAUUCUCUGAGAAGACAAACAAAUAAAGACUUCUGUAAGGGUUAUGUACCAUUUAGUAUAUCCCGUGAAGAAGCAGCUUUGCAGAAAGACAGACUACAGUAUCUGCCUGGUGCAGAAUCUCAGAAUGUUAUAACCAAGGACAUUGCAAUGCUUGAUUCAAACUAUUGUUCACCUCAUCCAUCAAAAACACUUUGGUUCCACCAGUCUUCACAGCUAAAGAAAGAAAAAUACAGCUCUGAAGAAUCAGGGGAGAAGGAAAAAGCUGCCAUGUUCAAUCACACUUCUUUAACAAGAGGGGAUGCCAAACUGACCAGAAGAGAGAUGGAAGAAAAAGCACCAGAGAAGAAUCCAGUGGACCGGGAGAGGCGUAUAACAAAUGCUAGUAUCUUAGUCUCUGAGAUGGAAAAAGAAAGUGACCAGAAAAGAGAGAAAGACAGCUUGAAUACAUAUUUUAAACAUGCUAAAGAGAGAGAUUCAGAGAAGAGAAAAGACAGAAUCCUUAGUCAUCAGCAGAGCCCAGAGGGAACAAAAGAGCAGGACAAGCAACUUGAAGAAGCAAUAUGGCAACCACAAUCAGUGUUGUUAAGGUCCAAGAGCCGUUCCUCUGCACUUAAUGCUCAAAAGCACAGCUUUCGCAGGGGCUGCUAUUUUGGUAACACAAGCAGCCCUUUGAGCCACACCUCCUCUGCCUCCUACAUCCAAUGGGAUGUCAGUCCUGUAACAUCUGUAACCAAUCUGCUGCCAGUAGAAAGAAACCCAUUUGUAUGGAAUGACUGUAAAGGGGCUAAACAUGGGGUUAAACAUGCAGCCUCUGAAUGUUUUCUUUCUCCAAACAAUGCCAGCUCGUCUCUAUUCUCUGGUGAUUUAAAAGAGACAAAAGCAGUAUACCCAGAGAAACUGGGGUGCACAAAAAGAGAAAAUGAUACAGGGAGCAGGGAAAUGGAUGACAAGAUUUUGAGGCAGUCCCUACAGGCGGCUGAAGAGCAAAUCCACACUGACGAAGGAGAAGAAGCAAGUGACGGGGAAGCAGAUGUACAUUCCUUAGAUUCAACAGUUAUAUGCAGGGCAGAAGUGUUUGAAGGAGAAGAGAAAGAGGUGACAAAUAGGGAUGAAUAUUUGUGUAAUGCUACAGCCAUAGCUAUGAAUGAAAAUGGAGGAAGAGUAAAUGAAGGUAAUAACUACUCCUCUGCUGGUGGAAAAUCUGAAACUUCCUUUCAGUUUAAUUCCAGUAAAACGGAGAAGAUGGGUAUGGAUACAGUAAAGGUUGAAAAAAUAGCAAAUAACACUGCUGAAGAAAAGAGCACUCAGAAUGGAGCAAGAUCUAAGCAGCCAACAUCAGAAAGUAAGGAUAAUGUUCAGCUAGAAAGUGAGGUUGAGAUGAAGAGCAGUGACCACUGUGUAACCACAGCACUCUUAUCCACCAGUAUUGAAAAAGAAGGUGUCCGUGCCCGUUCUAGAAAAAGUGAAAAAUAUGAAUUCAAUGACAGUUCAGCUGGCUUGUCUUCUGUGACUUUCUUUCAGGACAAUGAUGGAGAAGAUGAGCAGUCUAAUUUGUCUAUAUGCAAAUCUCCUGUUACAUUGAAAACCGGAAUGCUGAAUCGAAAAUCCCCAUCACCAGUCAAUACUUCACAGCAGCAUUCCUUGUCUUUGCUGUAUACAAGCAGCAUUUUGGAAUAUUUGAGUUUACCAGGUUUUAUUGAAAUGAGUGUUGAUGAACCCAUGGAUCAAACUGAAGUCACAGACACAGAUGUUUGUGCCCCAGAGUCAAAGGACAAGAAUGAAGCCAGUUCAGGAAUGAAACAUUCACAGGAAUCUUUAGAAACAUGCAAAGCAUCACACUCAUGCCAAAAGCAGCAAGGCUUUUCAAAUGGCACAUCUGGUUUAGCCUCAGAAGUUACGUUGAACUUGAGUGACUUUCAUACUUCAUUGGCUCAGAAACCUGACCUUACUAUAGAUACUCCUGGAUUUGAAAUAGAGACAAAACAUACCCCAGAUUUGGGGUUGGGUGAACAUAGAGCAUAUAAAAGUUCUGAAAAUGACUUAUCAGUGAGCAUGGAUUUGGUUAAAAAAGAACUGCAGGCCUCACAAGAGACACUUGGAAGUUCUUUAGCUGGAAAGCCAGGAAACAUCUCCAGGAGGAUUGAUCUAAAGAGCCCUCCAGAACCUCUCAAAGACAGAAAUGUUCAUGUAGCUCCAAAACCUGACAACUUAUUUAAACAUAAACCAGAUCUUAUUAAGAGCCUGGACUGUAAAAGAGCCAAUUUUUCUUAUCAACGUCAGCCAUGCCCUAGGCCUUUCCUAAACCAGUCUCAAGUUUUAGAAGGUUCAGCUUCUGAAUCUCAUGGUUCUGAGCAAUUCCUUAGAAAAUCUCAUAGUUUAGGAGCUCAGUGGUGGAAGCAGUGUGAAAGCACAAGGCCUUCCACCUCUCAGAGCUGUGGAUAUUUACUACAGCACACUCGUGAUUAUAGUCGAAAUGCUCUGGAAAAAUCGGGUUCAUCUCCAAAAGGAAAGUCCAGCUCAGAAACUCUCCAGGUGAAUACUUGGAAACAUUCUGCACUGACAUUGCCCAGAUCAACAGGGCCUAGUCAGUUAAUGAAAAACAUGUCCGCCUCAAGGUUGAUGGAUGUUGAAAGUUCAAACACACUAUCUUGUGAAAGAGCCAAGUGGAUGAGACCAAAGCAAAAUGCCUCAGGAGAAACAAGUGGGAAAACAGAAUUUCUGAGACCACCUGAACUUAAAAAGGGACCACUAAGGGCUUAUUUGCCAAGAGGAUACAGCUGGCCAUCACCCUAUCAUUGUUCCAUUGGAUUUAGGACACCAGUACAUGAAACAAGCAAAGUGGAUGAAACUGAGAGGGAAACUGAUGUAUUAAUUAAAGACUUGAAAGAUGUGAAAGAAGCCAGAGCAAGCAUUGCCAGUCAGAGCAGUGGACGAGGAAGCAUGGGCACAUCUUUUUCUCAUUCACUCCCCCGAGGUUCCCUUUCUCUUUCUCCUUCUUUACCUGGCUCUCCUGAAACUACUCAGUGUACAGACAAUGAGACAGAGAAUGAGUCUCACAAGGCAAUGGUAGUGGACAGCAACGUGCUGGAGAACAGGACUCAAAAAAGACGUGAUACUUCAGUAGAUGAAAGCUAUGAGUGGGACUCAACUGAAUUUUCUGUUGAAUCAGACAUUCUUGAAGCUUUGAAAAUAUACAAAGGCAAUAGCAGAAGAGAAGAACGAGUCCAAGAGAGAAGGAAAGAGCGUCCCCGAUCUACCAUUGCACUGAGAGAGCUGGAAAGUAAAGGUCUGCUCAGUCCAUUGGCCUCAGGUAGUUCAUCUACGUACAGGGUCCCUGUGCACUCCUUGAGUGAGGCUCGUUUCAAUGCACUGAGGCUUGAAUUUCAGGAAUACCGCAAGGCACAGGAAGCCGAAUGUAAGACAGCAUCUGACCAGGAAGCCACACUUCUAUGAGACCCAGCAGACCACAAGACCAAGACAGAUCAACAUUCAACCCUUCAGCCAGUUACUGGACCCUAAGGAGAAACCCGCUGAGUGCAAUAAACCAGAGCUGGAAAGACAAAUCAGCUGGAAUAAGAGCCUAGUCAUUUUCAGGUUAUUAUUUGUACCAAAAAUCAACAGCCCUGAGACCAAAUUGCUCACAUUAAGGGGAAAAUU